UAUUAGUUUAUCUACCAGACCAAAAGGCGGCAGCAGUGACGUACUGUCUGGUCAUUCGUUAUGGAGCUUCCUUUCACCUGUCAAUCAAUCACCGUGAGCGCGCACGCCGCAUGUGCGUCACUCCCACAGACAGCGGCGUUUUCAAACAGUUUGUCCAAGCGUUGUCUACUAUUUGUUAGCCUAGCCUUAUCGGUUCGCUAUUUUAAAUUAAAAAACAAACAAAAUAAAGUCGAUAACGUCGAGUGGCCAACGGUUUCCACCGCUUCUUCCUGAUGUGCAGAGGUUGAGAGUGAUGAACUCAGACGAACUACAAUGGAAGAGGAGGGGCCAAUCAACUUUAAAGCUCUGAGGGCCAAGUUUCAGGAAGACGUCUUGCUGGCUCAAUACAUCUCCAAACGACCAGCUGUGGCAGAGAAGCCCAAAUAUGUCCCCCCUCCUGUUGUGAGUGGUAUGACUAUUGCCGCAGAGAACAACUCUCCAGUGUUGUCGCGGGUCAUUUACAGAGAUGGUCUGAGGGCGUCUGGAGGUACACGUCCGAACUCCUUCCCACCACAUCUUCAGCAAACCUCGCCCUCAUCCCAGUUUGCGAAUGGGGACAGCACGGCGAAGCAGUCACUCAAAGAGCGACACAUGCCCCUAGUCCUUCCUGCCUUUCCCGUUAAAGAGCAGAAGACGGAUUCCCCAGUGGCACAGUUGUUGCACGCACAGGAUCCUGAUUCAGUAAAAGUAGCGUUCUCGCAAAAUAAAAUCAAAAAGAAGGGUUUGCUGCUUCCUUUCAAGUCAACCAAAGCAUCAAAAGUCAGCGCAGGAAACGGAGAGGAACCCACCUAUGCUGACUUGACAACGAGACCUUCGAGUGCUCCCGGCGAGUUGCCCUCGAUUAAAAUGCAACCCACAGAAAAUGGCGGUUCAGUGCAAAGCGACAAUUCAAAUGUCACGGAGUGUUCCCAGUCGAGCCCCGACGCGCCAAUAACCCCUCCCUCUUCGGAGACCAGUGUCGACUCUGACAACAAAUUUAUUAGCACCCUGGAAAGGGCAAAGAAGAAGUUCUCACGCCGCCAAAUGUUGAUAUCCACAAAACCCAAGAGCUUCCGUUCACCCGACUACGCACAGGCGGUCAACGUGUUUCCCUUUGCCACCAACACUGAAAGUGUUAGUACCGAUCCCCCCUUAAUGCCACCCUUUGGUCUUCCACACAUGGCCUGUAUCUCAGCACGGCCUUUUUUCAAAGCUGGCAACUCAUUACGAAAGUCUCCAUUAACAAAGAAUUUUGGCAAGGACCAAGCUCAACCUCCAUCUGGCAGAACUAUUGAACCUCAUUCACUGUCUGUACCGCCGAAGAAACCACUGCCUGACCCAAGGUCAGUCGGAUCCCUUCCAGCAAAGCCCCCAAGACCUCCAUUGGUGGACCUCAGUCUGUACGGUCAGCCUUCUGCCCAAGAGUUGUCACCAGCUCUAAGCCAAGCACCAACUGACGAGCCCGACUCCAAGCUCCCAUCAAUCUCCGGCGUUGUGCUGGAUCCCCCAAAGUUUCCGGAGUUCGACAACUCGGAAAUGAAAACAACAGCUGGAGACGCUGUUGAUAUCGCUUCCCUGGAACUGGAAUCUUUAGACCUCACCAGCAAGGACCUUCCCGUCCCAGACUUUGAGGCUUUCGAGUCCGAUUUGUCAGCGUGUAAUCACACCGAGCCCAGAGAGAGCUCUAUUAUCCAAGAUGUAAACAUUGGCUGUAAGAACGUAAUACUCCUGGAUCCAGCCGGCUACCCUGAACUGAUAUACCUCCCAGGGUUUUUAGAGCCUCCCUCAGCAGAGCAGUGGUCUCAGAGCGAGGAGGGGGCUGCUGAACUUCCUUUUAACUCUCAAACUGAUGAGAUGUACCCGAGCGCUGCCGAGUUCCAGUCUCUCCCAGAGGAAAGUGAACUCAGUAACCAUUCAGAGCUAAACAGUAUCCAGCCACAUCCAAAUGUUUAUCAACAGGAUAGCUGCUACGAAGCAUGCGAUAAUGUCUAUGAGGUUGUUGACGACAUCAACAAAGUGCCAUCGGACCAAAACUCUCGUAAACAAAAAUGUGGUCUGAAGAAUCCAUACGCAGACAACCAUUCUAAGGAGGAAACCAGUCUGAACAAAUGGCAACCAAAUCCAUGGGGCAGUGGAUUAGGAGAUCAUUCUAACAACAUCUUUAAUCACAUCCAGAGUAAGGAACGCCAAAGCCCCAAUAUUGCUGACUUUAAAGAGCAGAGAAAGAGGGAGAAGCACCGGAUAGAGAAGGAAAGAAAGGAGCAAAAAGAGAGGGAAAAGAAAGAGAAUGAAAUGAGAAAAAAGUUCAAGGUGACAGGCGAUGAAGAACCCUUGUACCACGCCAAGGUGGUUGUGGCCAGUAAAGUCAGAAAAAAUGACCUUCCUGUGAAGAGCGGGGACACCGUCAGCAUCAUCCGUACCACCAGCUGUCCCAAGGGCAAAUGGUUGGCUCGGGACGUCAACUACAAGUAUGGUUACAUUUCAGUCAUGAAUGUGGAGCUAAAUAUCAAGGAGAUGCUCGAGCUUGGAAAGAAAGCCCAAGCUGCUGGAAAAGGAGGCAACCAGGAGGGAGACACCAUCAGCAUCGAUAGCAGAUCCUCCAAUCAUCCCGUUUUGACAAGUAGCUUUACAGAUGACAGUGAGGAGUGGGCCUGUGAAGAUGAAACUCUCUCCCCCACAAACGAGAGCCACAGUUUGCCCCAGCAGACCUCCUCCAUGUCGGAGUUGUCUUGUAGCCAUGUGGGCGCCCAGCACACUUUCAGCGAUGCCAACCUGGAGGACCUACAGACACAGAACAGACAUGAAGCGUUGCAGAAACUGGCCAUCUUCUUUCAACACACCAAGGAUGAAUUUGUUGAUGAUGCUGAAGCAGAAGGAGAAACACCCACAAAUACUGAAACUCCAAAUUUUUUGAGCACUGUUGAAGAGCCUCCCUAUCCGGAGCAGGAGGUGGACUUCAAUGAGCUGGAGCUCCUUCCUCCACCUCCACUCUAUGCUGACACGUUCUGAUUCAUCACCAGUGACAGAAUAUGCCUUUAACCUCUUCAUAUUUAACAAAAGGACACGUUAUUAUAAAGGCUUCAGGUAUAAUUUUGUUCUGAUCUUCUUGACACCUUGUGUUCUGCACUUUGUCUUAAGUUUAUAUUUAAAAUCGUAUGCACGUGUUCAAUGCAUUUGUUCCUAAGAUCACUUAUUCGCACUGGGGUUUUUUUUUUGUUGUUAUUUUUUUGUUAUAUAUGUUGCAUAAUAAAUGUUUGUCAUGAGUUUUUGCUA